AUGGAAGAUCUUCAACAAGCUCCUGAGCUCAAGGACCGGAGUUCCUUCGAGCGCCAUCUCGACAGCUCUUGGCAGGACUUCCGGCAGCAACUGCUUGACGCUUAUGUCGCAUCGCAGUCCUCGGGACUUUCCACGGAGGUGCGAGUAGAGAAGUCAGCAGAGGCCCCAACAGAGGCCCCAACAGAGGCAACAGGGCAGCCGAGCCACGAAGAACCUGCGGCUGACGAUGCUGGCGAAGUACCGGCGAAGCAACGCCGCUGGAGUGAAAUCGAGGAGUAUACUCUGACCUGCCCCUUUCUGAAGAGUGGGCUGCACGGCUUAAGCCCCAAAGAGAUGGAGUCGGUCCGAAAUCGGCUCAGGUUGCGCCUGGGGAUUUUGAGCUCCAAGCAGCUUGUCUCCGGUCGGAUCUUGAGGGAUGCUGUUCAGGCACUCGGCCUCACGAUAUACGGCGAGGAGGACAUGAACGAGUUCGUGAACCUUCUUGGCGACUUCAUCAGUCUGAAGUUCCGCCUGGUCCAGAAGCCAAGGGGAAGCCAAAGUUCUCUGUCCUCCCUGAACUCCUUGUUCAGCUUCGGGGAGACUUCCUCCACAGAUGUUGCAAAGCUUGGCAAGCCCACAUGGAGCUGGCCUACAGCAGAUAAGGUUAGUGGGUACGCUGGUCACGAACGAAAGGGCGGCGACUUUGAAUACAACUGCGUCCCAGCAGUCCCGUUGCUGGAGAUCUUCCUUUCGCAGGAGUCAGAGGUGCACAAGCACAUCUUCGGGUACAAAUUCAACCAGUACAGGGCCAUUCGAGAGAUUCUGCUGGCAGGGGAUACGAACCGCUUGGUGGCAGAGUUGACCUUUGUCAGAAUUAACGACCUGGCCACUCCUCCUGAGCCAAUGCAUCCCAUCAUGUACCUCGAGCCCUUCGUUGCUCUCAUCAUUUUCGCCAACGGCGUCAUGGUCGGCUUCCAAACUGACCCGCAGUACAAGGAUUGGCCAGGCUGGAUCUACGUGGAGAUAGUCUUCGCAAUGUUCCUGGUCGCAGAGAUCUGCUUUCGCCUUUGUGUGCUUCGCUGUGGCGCCUAUUGGUGUGGGGGUGAUCGCUGGUGGAACAUCUUCGAUGUUUUCCUUGUGGCGACGAGUUUGGCGGAUGUCGCUUUGCAGUUGGCAGGCUUUGCGUCGGACCUCGAGGGCACAUCCCUGCUUCGCUUCUGCCGGCUGAUCCGCCUCAUCCGUAUCGUCAAGGUUUUUCGAGUGAAGGCUAUGAGGGAACUGCGCCUGAUGGUGAAGGGCUUGCUGGCAGGCAUCCGAACCCUGUCUCUUGCCUUCGUGCUGCUGUUCGCAGUCCUCUACGUUAUCGCAGGCUUCGCUACUAUGACCAUCGGGAACGCAGAGCGAACCGAAGAGAUUGGUCUUGGGAACUACUUCUACAACAUCCCAACAUCCAUGUUCACAGCCUUCCGGUGUUUUACAGGUGAGUGCAUCAGUGAUGAUGGCCGGCCUCUCCAAUCCCUACUCGCUGCUGAGUAUGGCGUCAUCUUUGUUGCUGGCUACGUCGCAAGCUACAUGCUGGUAGCCAUGGGCAUCUUCAAUGUAAUCCUAGCAGUCUACGUGGAUAUCACCAUGAAAGCGGCGAAGGAGAACGAUGCUGUCAGCGCCGAGCAGCACGCGCGGGAGUCCAUCCGGGUCGCCAGGACGACACGGGAGCUUCUCAAGAUCUUCAGUGCAGCGUACCACUCUUUCCGGGACAACAGUGCCGAAGAUCAGGUUCUGAAAUAUCCAUCUGCCGCUACUUUCGCGGAGGACGGCAUGCACGACCAGGUGGCCAUUACCAAGGAGCUUUUCUUGUUGGUGAUCCAGGACAGAAAAGUUCAGCAGCUGAUGGAUGACCUUGAUCUGCCGCCGGAUCGCGCCAACCUGUUCGAGAUGUUGGAUGCCGAUGGUAGUGGGACUUUGCAGACCACGGAGCUGCUCCAGGGCCUGUUGAAGAUCCGCGGAGAGGUGAACAAGAGCGACACAGUAGCGUCACUCUUAGCCACAAAGGCUGUUCAAAACUUGGUCAGCGACGUGAAGGACCAGAACUCCCAGCUGCUCGAGGCGCUGAGGCAGAGCAGCUCCCAGCUCGCUGCUGUUCGGAAAGAGCUGGUUGCAAUGAUGCGGGACGGCGGCAGAACAUCACGGGACCCUUCGUCGGACCGGGACCGUGCUUGCCCCUCCCCCUCUGGCAUAUCCAGCAAGCUCCUAAACGUUCAGGUGCCGGGACGUCCCGGGUCGCCCUGUCAGAUCGAGCAUGCACCGCCUUUCUGA